AUAAGUCAGCGGCUGAUCGCAUCACAACAAAGAUGGCUGCAGAGGAGAUGGAACCCACAACCUCCUAGAGCAGGAGCCCACCUCAAACUAAUCCAACGUUAAACAACGAAACGAACCCUAGCGGGUAUUGGCAGGGAGACUAGAGGAGCUAGCGGAGGAGAUCGAGGAGGUGUUGGGAGGAGAUCAAGAAGAUCGAAGAGGAGCAGGGAGGACAUCGGAGAGGUGUCGGGAGGAGAACGAGGAGGAGCAGGGAGGAAAUCGAGGUCAAGGAGGUGUUGGGAGGAGAUCGAGGAGGUGCUGGACAGCAGAUCGAGGAAGUGGUACUGGGAGGAGACCGAGGGGCAGAUGGAGGCGGCCGGAGCGUCCGAGGAGCGGAGGAGGAGCGUUUGUAUCCUGGGCUCGGAGCUGGUGGAGAACUACACCGUGUACGUCAUCCAGGUGACCGACGGGGCGCACCGGUGGACCGUCAAACACCGCUACAGCGACUUCCACGAGCUGCACGAGAAGCUGAGUGCUGAUUGGCAGGUGGACAAGCAGCUCCUCCCCCCUAAGAAGAUGCUGGGGAAGAACUCUCCGGGCCUGGUGGAGAGGAGGAGGAGGGAGCUUGAGGUCUACCUGCAGACGCUCUUCCUGCGCCUCCUCAGCUCCGCCACGCCCCCCCCCCUCGCCUCCUUCCUGCACUUUGACCUCUAUGAGAGGAGUGGGGUCGCAGCGGCGUUGGCUGAGGCGCUGUUUCACAGAGGUGAGGACCUGCUGGCGGGGGGUCAGGUGUACUGCCUGCGUCCGCUCCAGCUGCACUCGGUCUGGGAGCAGCUGCACCUGUCCACCCCCAGCGGACCGGAGCUCCACACACACCUGGCCCACAUCCUGGACUUCACCUGCAGGCUGCGCUACCUCAAGAUCCAGGGAACGCAGGGACCAAUAGGAACCAGCAACAUCCAGGAGAGUAGCUUGACCUUUGACCUGUCCAUCUUCAAAUCACUGCUGCAUGCAGAGGUGAGUGAGUGCUCCUCCCAGCAGAUCCAGGGUCUCCCCAGCCUCCGAAGGACCCUGGUCACCUGCAGCGUCCACCACACCACCCCCUCAAUGAUGGCCAUCCUGGCUCCGGAGGCCAGUGAGUUUCCCCAGUGGGAGGCGGAGUCAGCAGAAGGGGCGGGGCCUGGGUCACAUGUGACGGCCGUUAUUCCUCUGUGGAGCAAACUGACCACCCUGGACUUAAGCCACAACACCAUCACAGAGAUAGACGCCUCCGUGAAACUGGUUCCAGAAGUGGAGUUUCUGGACUUGAGUCACAACCAGCUGCAGUCAGUAGACCACCUCCAGUACCUGUACAACCUGAUCCACCUGGACCUGUCCUACAACUCCCUGGAGGUCCUCCAGUCGGCCCACACCCGCCUGGGGAACAUCCAGACCCUCAACCUGGCCGGCAACCGCCUGGAGACGCUUUCUGGCCUCAACAAGCUGUACUCCCUGGUCAACCUGGACCUCAGCCACAACCUGAUAGCACAGCUGCAGGAGGUGCGCAGUGUAGCGGGCCUACCGUGUCUGGAGAGGCUGUCGCUGACCCACAACCCCCUCUGCUGCUCCCCGGACUACCGCACCCGGACCCUGGCUCUGUUCUGGGACCGUGCCGCAGAGGUGUGCCUGGACGGCGCGGCCCCCUCUCAGCAGGAGGUGGACACGGUGGAGGUGCUGAAGGCCAUCCAGAAGGCCAAGGAAACCAAAGACAAACUCCACAGCGGCGGAGACAAGAGGGUGGCGGGAGAGCCCAGCCUGUCUCCUUUAUCUGCGGCUCCUCCAGUCGUCUCCUCCUCCCCCUCCUCUCCCCCCUCUCUCCAGAAGGCCUACUGUUCUAGCCAAGAAGUGAGGAGCAGAGAAGAAGAAGUAGUUUGCCCCCGCCUCGUCUGCCCCGAUGCCUCCUCCCUCCUCCCCUCACAGAUCCCGCCCUCUGCUGUCUGUCCGUCUCCCCUCGCGUCCAAUCCCUCGGCUCCGUGCUGCAGUCCUGGAGGCGGAGCUACAGAUGCAGCCAGAAGUCCUCAACCUGAAGACGCCUCCAGUAGCUCCUCCCUCUCCCUCUCCCCCCACCUCUUCUCCCUCCCCUCCCCUCUCCUCUGCCUCUCCUCCCCCCUCCUCUCCCUCUCCUCCAACAAAGACUUCAUUACCCAGCUGUCCCUCUGCCUGGCCUUGGCCUUGAGCCAGCAGGAGGAGCAGCAGGAGGUGGAGGAGGAGGUGGUGCAGGAGGUGCAGCAAGAGGAGGUGCAGCAAGAGGAGGUGCAGCAAGAGGAGGUGCAGGGGGAGCUGACAUCUGAGCACAGAGAUGUUGUGUUGCCUCCUGCUGGGUGCCCCAGGUCCAGCCCCUGCUCCAGGGACGGGUACUUUGAGAUGGGUCUGGGGGAGUCCUGCUCCCCCCUGAGCCCCGCGGAGACGCAGCCCAGAGCCAGAGACGUGAGGUGGUGCUUCUGGGUGGAGGUGGAGGAGGAGGAGAAGGGGAAGAAGGAGGAGGAGGAGGAGAAGGGGAAGAAGGAGGAGGUGAACGAGGAGAAGGAGGAGGAGGAGGAGCGGAAGGAGAUGCAGCAGAAGGUGGGGUGCCUGGUGUUCACUGACCAGCACCUGGGUCUCUUCUCCUUGUCAGCUGACAGCCACUGGGCCAAUCACAACGCAGACCAGGAGGCGCGCCCCGGCGCGGAGGAGCUGGUGUCCGGUCUGCAGAAGGAGUUCCUGCUGCCCUACGAGGAGGUGGUGUUCUCCUCCCUGCUCCCGGAGCCAUGGGUCACCCUGGGGGUCCGGUCCGGACCCACCCAGCUCUGGUUCAUCUGCCCCGCCCCCCAGGACACGCCCCUCUCAGCCCUCAUCCAGGCCAAGCUUCCCGUCAGCCCUGAGGUGCCGCCACUCACUACCCAGAAUCCUCAGCUGCUGUGGUCGCUCCUCAGCCCCUGGGAGCAGCAGGAGGUGCGCGGAGGAGGGUACCUCGCCCACCUGCUCCUCCCUGCCUCUGGCUCCUCCCCCUGCCCCGCCCCCCUCCUGACAGACAUCCUGAACCAGGGGGAGGCUCCCUCCAGGACCCCCGCCCUCCUCUUCCUCACCCCCCGACACCUGUGUGUGGUGAAGGUGGACUUCAGCGCUCUGGCGGCCCAGACGAGGAGCAGCACCUCCUCGUCCUCCUCGUCCUCCUCCUCCUCGUCCUCCUCCUCCUCCUCCUGGAGCAGGGUGACCCGGGUACCUCUGGGCGCCGUGGUCCUCCUGCCUCGACACCGCCCGGACGGACCCCGACACAAACACAGGGCUGGCCAUGUGGUGGAGGUGGUGCUGGGCGGCUGGAGGCUGGGCAUGGUGUUCCCUCUAGCCCAAGACAGGCUCUCCUUCCUGGGGGAGCUGGGAGCCAGGACAGCCACUCUGGAGGGUCUGAGGACCCUGGCUCUGGUCAGACCCCCCGCACUGCAGCCAGACGCUGCCCAGACCGCUGUGGACCGUCCCAGCUCUGAGCUCCAGAGGCUGUCGGAGGAGAACCAGCCCCCAGCCCACCUGCUCGCCGGCCUCUCCCCAGGACAGGCGCUCCUGGCUGGGCUACCUGGCCCGGCGCUGCAGGCGCUCUUCAAGAGCUGCAUAGCUCAGUGGGAAGGUGAGGAGGUGAGACAGGUUUUAUGGCUGUCUGUUAUCUUCUACAUAUCUCCGGAGACUGAGGUCACUUCCUGUCUGCUGCUGUCCAACAAAGCCAUCUACUUCCUUUUGGAAGACUCUGCCUCCUCGCUUAGCCUUUCGUCUGAAUGGGACAUAGCGGACCAGAGUGACCCGGAGCUGUGUCUGUGUGUCUGUGUGUCCAUCAGCCUGUCCGACCUGCUGUCCGUCAACGUGGGCCUGUUCGACCAGUACUUCCGCCUCAUAGGAGGCAGUGCGUGCCAGGUGGUGUGUUGUGUGAGCAGGGACAGCUACGGGACGUCCUGCUUCCUGAAGGAGCUGAUGUCAGCCCUCAGCCUGGACCGGACCCGGCCGGACCCGGAGCCGGCGGAGCAGGACUUCUACACCCAGUUCACCAGCACCACCUCAGGUAAAAUGCAGAACUACGAGCUGGUCCACAGCAGCAGGGUGAGGUUCAUCUACCCCAACGAGGACGAGAUGGGCGACCUGACCUUCAUAGUAGCCGACCGGAAGAGCCCCGCCUCCUCGUUCAACAUACUGCUCUACCUCUUGGUGUUCCAGGUCCAGGUUUCAGAUCUUCCAGAAAGAACAGGCCACGCCUAUCAAGACCAUGGCUCCACCCCCGCGCCGUGGCUCCACCCCCGGACCCUGGUUCUGACCGCCUCCCACAUCUUCCUAUUGGACGAGGACUAUGUCAGUUAUCCCCUGCCUGACUUCGCCAAGGAACCGCCCUGCAGGGAGCGCUACCAGGUGCGCGAGGCCCGCAGGAUACGGGACGUGGAGCGGGUGUUGCUGGGGUACCAGACGUACCCCCAGGCCCUGACCCUGGUCCUGGACGAGCUGCCCGGACCCGACCUGCUUCCCCCGCUCCACGUGGACCACUUCAGCCGGGGGGAGGGGCCUAGCCCCGGGGGCGGGGCCGGGGGCGGGGCCCAGGAGGUCACAUGGUGUAUCUUCGUGCCGGCGGCCGACAGCCGGGAGCGUCUGGUGGCACUUCUGGCCCGCCAGUGGGAGGCGCUGUGCAGCCGCGAGCUGCCGCUGGAGCUCACCGGCUGAUUGGCUCCCCAGGAUUAUACUAGUUCCUGAUUGGCUCCCCAGGAUUAUACUGGCUGAUGAUUGGCUCACAGGAUUUUACUGGCUGCCCAUUGGUUCCCCAGGAUUCUACUGACUGCGCAUUGGUUCCCCAGGAUUCUACUGGCUGUUCAUUGGUUCCCCAGGAUUCUACUGACUGCGCAUUGGUUCCCCAGGAUUCUACUGGCUGUUCAUUGGUUCCCCAGGAUUCUACUGACUGCGCAUUGGUUCCCCAGGAUUCUACUGGCUGUUCAUUGGUUCCCCAGGAUUCUACUGGCUGUUCAUUGGUUCCCCAGGAUUCUACUGGCUGUUCAUUGGUUCACCAGGAUUCUACUGGCUGUUCAUUGGUUCCCCAGUAUUCUACUGGCUGUUCAUUGGUUCACCAGGAUUCUACUGGCUGUUCAUUGGUUCACCAGGAUUUGACUGGCUGCUCACUGGCUGUGGGGCUGUGUCUCAACAUUGAUUGGCUGUGUCGAGCUGUGGCCGUGAGCUUAAACAAUGGAUCGACGAUGAAAGCGGCCCUGAUUGACAGCUGCACGAGCCAACAGAAUCUGCAGAAGACAGAAAGACGGACUGUGUUUUUAACUUGGACUUAUUCUGAAACGUAACCAGUGCGUGUGUCUGUGUGUGCAACUUUCAUAAAAUAAUGGUCUUAAGGAAUAUUACUGUGGAUACAAAAUAAUUUGUUAUUAUUAAUAUUAUUGUUUACAAUGUGGAUUUCCAGCCCAACGAUGAUUUUUUAACUUAUUUUAUAAUAAAUUAUCAGUUAACUGGU